AUGUCGGGAUCGGCCAUCAGUCCGGAGCGUCGGAUUGAGGCGAAUCCCUACGACGCCGAUGCGUGGACAUUGCUGAUAAAAGAAUAUCAAGCUCGCCCCAUCGAGCAGGCCCGAGAGUUCUACGACAAACUCGUGGCCCAAUUCCCGAACGCCGGUCGGUACUGGAAGGCGUACAUUGAGCACGAGUUUCGCGCGAAGAACUUCGAGAAGGUCGAGGAGCUCUUCAAUCGAUGCCUUGUCCGGAUUCUCAACAUCGACCUCUGGAAGACCUACCUGUUCUACGUGAAAGAAACGAAGGGAAGGCUAACGACGUUCCGAGAGAAGAUGGCGCAGGCGUACGAUUUCGCGCUAGAGAAAGUCGGACUCGACUUGUACAUCUACCCGGUUUACGUCGACUACAUCAAUUUUCUGAAGAAUGUACCCGCGAGCGGGCAAUACGCGGAAAAUCAACGGAUCGCUGCGGUGCGGCGUGUUUAUCAGCGCGGGAUCGCCGUGCCGAUGCUGAACAUCGAGCAGCUCUGGAGCGACUAUUGCAAUUACGAGAAGAGCAUAAACGCAACGCUGGCCGAGAAGUUGAUCGCCGAGAAAAGCAAGGACUAUCAAGCAUCCCGACGCGUGGCCCGCUCAAUGGAGACGGUGUGCCGCGGGCUGAAUCGCCAGGCGGUCAGCGUGCCCGCGCGCGGAACAGUGGCCGAGCUGAAGCAGGUGGAGCUGUGGAAGAAGUACAUCGCCUGGGAGAAGGAGAACCCCACCGAGACCGAGGAGUACGCGGCAUUUUCGCGUAGAGUAAUCUACGCCUACGAGGAGGCCCUACUCUCACUCGGCUUCUACCCGGAUAUCUGGUAUGAGUGCGCGCAGUUCAUGCAGAAAACAGCCAAGGCCCUGGAGGAGAAGGGGGACGUCAAGAGCGCGCAAGCGAUGAGCGAAGAUAUUACGAAACUCUACGAGCGAGCCAUUGGCGAGGGCGGUCUCCAGCGGGAAACACAGCUGCUCUAUUUUGCAUACGCAGAUUAUCUGGAGGAGAAAAUGCAGUUCAGCGAGGCCAAGGAAAUCUACAAUCGGUUGCUGGAACAGCAGAACCUCAAUCCAACGCUGACCUACAUCCAAAUGAUGAAAAUGGUGCGCCGGACGGAGGGCAUCAAGUCGAUGCGGCUCAUUUUUACGCGGGCCCGCAAGGACGAGCGCUCCGGCUUUCACAUCUACGUCGCGUCGGCGCUGUUCGAAUACUAUUGCUCAAAGGACAAAGAAGUGGCGAUGAAGAUCUUCGACCUUGGCCUGAAGAAGUACGCCGACGAGCCCGAGUUCUGCCUAGCCUACGCCGAUUUCUUGACGCAUUUGAACGAAGACAACAACACUCGCGUCAUCUUUGAACGGGUGCUCACCUCGGGCCAAUUGGUCGACGAAAAGAGCUGGAAACUCUGGGAUCGCUACCUCGAAUUCGAGUCGCUGGUCGGCGACUUGACGGGCACGUUGAAGGUUGAUACCCGGCGACGGGCAGCUCGAAACGCACAAGAAUCUGAGACGCUGCUGCUCAUUGAUAGAUACCGCUUCCUCGACCUCAACCCCUGCUCCGUCGACCAGCUGGCCUUGAUGGGAUACAAGAAAUCGCCACUCCUUCUCGCGCACACGAUGGCCAGCAGCUCGCUGCAGCGGCCAAUGUCGCAGCCGGUAGCCGCCAGCGCCGUGAUGGGAGGAGCAUCAAACGGAGCACCGGCGGCCACACCGACCACGAAGCUCGACAUGGGACGGUACCCCGCCCCGGACACGGACCAGAUGAUCCCGUUCAAGCCGAAAGCCGCCAGCACGGCCCUCAUCCAGACGUACCCGGGAGGCGUGUUCGCCCCGCCGCCCUCCGUCCAGUCGCUGCUCCAAAUUCUGCCGCCCCCGUGGACCUACUAUGGGCCGUUCGUCGACAUCGACCAGCUGUUCGACCGGUUGAUUGGCUAUGAACAAAAGAAAGUGCCCGGCGUCGACUUGGAUACGGUAAUCGAAGUGACGGAGCGGCACGGCUCGUUGAGGACGGAAGAAGCCAGAAAAGAGCUCCAGCUCCUGCUCAACACCACCCAGGAUCCGCACGUGGUGCUGCGCCAGCAACUCUCUCGACGGCGCAUCCGGGGCGGCGCCGGCAGCGACUCGGACGACGAGGGAGACGUCUACAAGAAGCGCAUGAAGCAGCAGAGCCGGACGGUCAAGGUGGAACCGCGCAGU